AUGCUUGACAAGGGAUAUGUACAGAAGGCAAAUGUAAAGGAGUCGACAUUUUACAGUCUGGAUGGCAGGGAGAUUGUGGCAAUAGCAAGGCGCAAAGGAAAUCUUUUCAAAAUGAUGCUCAGGAGAGAAGAAGAGACAAGUUUGAUGGUUCAGUCGAUCAAAGUGUGGCAUGAAAGACUCGCCCAUCAAAACGUGAAGUAUGUGAAGGACAUACUGAAAAGAAAAGGUAUCAAGUAUGUUGAUGACUGGAAUAAUUAUGAGUGCACGGGGUGCUCAUAUGGAAAGCAACAUCGAUCCUCACACCCGAACAACCCCAAGACAGCCCAGCAAACAUUAGAUCUUGUGCAUGUUGACACCGGCGAGAUGAACAUCCGAUCUCUAGGAGGAUCAAAGUAUUGGCUCAUUUGGAAAGAUGAUUUCACCCACUACCGAACCUGUUACUUUAUGAAGACGAAAAGUGAAGCCAAAGCGAAGAUUGAAAGCUAUCUAAGACUUGUAGAAAAUCAACUGGGAAGAAGAGUGAAAAGUCUGAGAUCUGAUAACGGCACGGAAUUGAAAAAUGCAAAAACGAAAGAGCUGAUGGACAAGUUGGGAAUCUUUCAUACCUUUACGAAUGUAGAUACGCCAGAGCAAAAUGGGAGGGUCGAAAGAGAGAUGAGAACGAUUGUCGAGGCAGCCAGGGCAGAGAUACAAGCAGAUGGUUUGAAUGAGAGACUAUGGGCAGAGGCAAUGAACCACGCGAUCUUCACUAUCAACCAGACAGGAACCAGCAACGUACCAGGGAAAAGUCCGGCAGAACUGUGGUUUGGAAGAAAAAUGAAAAUUGAGAAACUGCGACCUUUUGGAUGUGAAUGUUAUGUGCUGACUCAAGCACAGAAGAGAGGCAAGAUAAAUAGAAAAUCAGAAAAGGGAAUUCUGGUUGGCUAUGACAUCGAUUCGCCCUGCUACAGGAUUUAUAUGAAAGAGAAGAGAGAAGUAGUCACUUCGGACAAUGUAAUCUUCGACGAGGAAAAGAUACGACAGAGGCAAGGUACUGAACUUGAGACAUCGAUAACAGAGGGCACACCUGAGAAGCAAGAAGAAAGCAGCAGUGAGUCAGACGAAGAAGAGGAAAACUGGACAACUGGAGAAAGUGCUGAGGAGACUAACAACAACAAAAAUGGUGAACUGUCCAGAAGGAGUGACACCGAUCACUUGUCAUUGGGUACUUCGACAGAAGGCAGACGGAAGAUACAAGGCCAGACUCGUAGCAAGAAACAUUCAGCCCAGUAG